UCUUACAUGCCAGACGAUUCAAAACAUAAACAAACAGAUUUGAUACCUUUCAAUGAUAAUAUACCACAAAUGGACAAUUGUUCUUCUUCUCAAACCAACAAACAAAUUGAACUUGCCCAAAAUGUUUCAUACUCUACAUUAAUUGAUAGAUGCCAUGAUUAUCCAUCAGAUCCAUAUUUAUUUAUUGAUACUGUGUUAACACCUCAAAUAAUCAGAACUCUUGUUGAAAUAGGGCCUUGUCAACCUGGUUUUAAUAGUAAUAAUUAUGUUUUUGAAGAAAAUGAGUGUGGCAAAAAAUUUUCUCCCAACUGGUAUAACCAAAAUGUUAAAUCAGGAAUGAGCUGUAAAAGAAAUUGGCUAGUAUUUUCCCCAAAAGCUAACAAAAUGUUUUGUUUUCCUUGCUUUUUGUUUCGAUCUGUAUCUCAGCAUAGUUCUCAAUGGUCUAAUCCUAAUAAAGGUGUUUCUAAUUUCCGCAAAGGAAAUGAAAAAAUUAUUAAACAUAAAAAAUCCAAGGACCACAGAGAUGCAGAAAAUGAAUAUUUAAUUUUAAAAAGCAGAAUUUCAAAAGACAUUACAAUCCAACAAAAUUUAAUGAAAGUUCAAAAGUCUCAAAUAGAAUUUAAUCGAAGUGUGUUAAAACGAUUAAUUGAUCUAUCUUUAUUCCUUUCAACAAAUGGUCUUCCAUUUCGAGGACACAGAGAGGACAUUAAUCAAGAUACACAAAGUAAAGGACUUUUUAUUGAAAUAGUUAAACUUGUGUCAAAAUAUGAUGCUGUUCUAGCUAAACAUUUGGCCGAGUCAAAUCGAAAUGAGACAUACUUGAGUCCGAAAAUAUACUGCAACUAUAUGUAUACAAAUAUAAUAAUAAAUAUGUAUAAUCUCUUCUCAAAAUCUAAAGUAGGUACUCAAAAUUAUUUAAAUAUUCCAGGUAAGUUUGUUAAAUGA